CGCGAACACACGACACUGGUCAAUUGCUUCGAUUGAUAAGAGCUUUACCUAUCUCGAGUUAUGUUUCUGGACAGUUGAGAUUUUGCAUGGGUGGCAAUGUUGACGAUGACGAUGGAGGCCCCGCAUGGCACCAAGAGGCGUGGCGACAACUCUAUUGAGGAUGAGCAACGCUUUGUCAAAAGAUUCAAUCUACUGGAUAUUGAUCCCAAUAGCAAGCUAUACAUUCCGGCCAGUGCCGAUGGCGUCCGACAGAACGAUGUCUCCCCAAACAACCUCUCCCCAAAGAAACCAACCCGGUCUCGACCCGACGAUGAUCGGAUGCAGGUAGAGGACACAAAGCAUAAAGUCUACAUCUACGAUCUUGACGCCGAACUUGCCGAGCCCGAGCCCGAGCCCGACGAGGACCGCCGCAUCUUCAUCCCCGACAUCGAGAAACACCUCUCCAAACUCCCCCGGCAUCUGCUGAAAGGUGCGGAGCUCCAAAGCAAUGCGAAUAAUCAAUUGAUACCUUAUACCAUCCCUCGAUCGCUGUCGGUGCCGCAGGAGACGGAUAGCGUGAGGAAGGCGAUCCUCGAGGCACGACGGCGGAUCCACGAGGAACAAGCGAAGAAGGAGGAGGCAGCCAGCAACGACAUGGCGCCACAGGACUUAGGGACCUCUUCGCAAGCAGAGCAAGCAGAGCAAGCAGGAGACGACCCCGAUGCGAUGGAUUUGGAUUGAGGUGGUCAACAGUUCUUGCAGAAUAAAGCAACC